AUGUUUUACUUUUUCUGUAAAAUAUCAUAUGGCUUGAUAUUUCCUUUUUCUGUGCAAAAUAUAGUCAGCAUGCAUUAUGUGACCAGGGUCAAUGGAAAGAAACGGGGUAACAUAGAUGCAUACCCAUGUGGGCACAACGUUAUUUCUAUACAUGACUAAUAUAUAAAAAGUAAAAAACAAGGGAUACUGGUGGACACUUGUAAGUAGACCCAUCACUUUUUUAAAAAUGAUCCGAGUUUUCACAAAAUUGACUGACUUAUUUUACACUAUACUUAAAAUAAAUGAUACAUAUAAACAUAUAUUUCCCCUAAUCUGAAAAAAAUAUUAUUCCUAAACGUCCGUACUUGAUCCGUUUUUAGUAUCUCCUAGAUCUGGUUCCUUUGGACAUGGGAAACCAGUCCGCUCUACUUUCGUUUUGAACAGUUAAAAAGAAAACCAGCAACUUUUUCAAACAAAAGCUGGUAAGCUUAAUUUCAUCAUGUUCAUUAUUAUCUGAGAAAGCGUCACAAAAUAUAAAGAACAAAGGUAGACUAAAAGAAGAUUUGAUGUAAACUUUGCCCGAUACUGGCGAAGGACCACAUAAAUAAUAAUUUCAACGUUUGAUUACUGUUCCUUACCUGGAAGAAGAAAAAGUCAGAACUUGCUGGAUUAACUUUGUAGUUUUAACAGGUGAAUGUUGACUGUAGCAUGAGCUUUGCCAUAUAUGUAGCUUCAAGGCUGUUUAUGCAGUUUGCAUGGAUGCUUUAUGAUUAUAGUAAAAGAAUGGCAGAUAAUACUUCCAGAUACUUCAUAUCUCAUAGCAAUAAAUUUGAAGACCGUCAUCUUGUAAAUGAGGUAGUUAUUCCAAAACUGAAAAAAAAAGGUAUUAUUAUUUAUGAACAGGAUGAAUUACAACCAGGAACACAUGUCUUACCAGCCAUUACAAGCUUGGUAGAUAAAGCAGACAAAACAUUGCUGUUUAUCUCAGAAAAUUCCUUAGGCAGUUCAUGGUGUUCAUUUGAGCUGCUGAUUAGUUUGGAGAAAUCUCAGAGGACCAACAGACUUGCAGUUGUUUUGUUACUACAUAAAAUAGAAGAGUCACAGCUUCCACAUAUUGCAGUUCUUCAAGAAGCUCGUAAAAUACACUUUGAUGAACAGAAUGAUGAAUGGGUGAGAGAAGUAGUUGAGGGAUUAAGAGAAACAAAGACAAUUGGUGACAUCAUGCCUGCUGGAAAUGUUGCUCAUGGAUUAGUCUGGUCCCAUUAUGCAGGACUUCUACAGUAUGUCUUGCCUGAACUUGAAAAAACAGUGAAAGAGUCUGAAUGGUACAAGAGUUUGACUGAAGAAGUUAGAAAAAAGGUGUCCUGUAAAUUUUAUGAAUUAGUACCAAGGACCUGUGCUGUUAAAUAUGAUAUACCUAAGGAAGAUGACAACAUCAAGAAUGUUAAAACAUUUAAAUUAGAAGUGAUGAGAAGUGGAAAUUACAGAAUUAUAUUUCUUAAGAUGUACAGUAUUACCAUUGGCCAAGAGACUUGUUACUGUGUGUGUGAGUUUCCUAGUGUGAUUGGUACAAUGAAAGUAAUGGAGGACAAUCAGUUGGCCAGAUUUUCUCAUGCAUACCCAGGAGAAGUCAGAGAAGAAGAAGGCCCCACAACUGCUGCUCAAUUUACCACUGAAGACAAGAAGUUACAGUUAGGCAGAUUUUACUACACAAUGAAUUCUACUCUUAAUCAUUUUGAUGAUUGCAAAGACACAGCUAGAGUUUUGCUGUACAAUGAUGAAAAAAAGAAGAUUUCGGAUGUUUUGAUGGAGGCUAUUAAAAAAGACUUAAAAGAAGAAAAUUUUCAGGAAAAGAAAUUUAAGGAAGGUAAUCAACCUCCGCAGAUUGACAGGUUAGAGUCUGAAGAAGAAUUACAGUAUGAAUAUCAAGUGUAUGUUGCUUAUACAGACCACCAUGAAGAUAAACAGAAGGCACAGCAGAUAAUGGACCAUCUUAGGGAAAAGCGGAUUGCUGAUAGUGAUAUAUUGGAUGCUGAUUCAUUUUUACCAGGUUCUCCAUGGUCUCACAAACUGAAAGCAGCUUCAUGCAAAUGUAGAUGGUUUAUCUUUCUUUUGACAAAAAAUGCUCUUAAAGAUAAGUCCUUAAAUUAUAAUGUUAUAUCAGCACUGGGUGACAGCAUAUAUAGAAGAAAAGUUCGAGUCAUUCCUGUUGUGGACAGCUGUGAUCAUUUGUUUAUUCCUGAGGCACUGAGAUGGAUCACUUAUAUUCCAUUUGACAUAAAUGGUAGACAUUUGGAGAGUUUAUAUAGUAUUGUCAGUGGAAGGGAUAUUCCAAUGGAGACACAGAUGGUACUGCCAGCAGGUGAUGUGGCCUAUGGUCUAGCUUGGGGAUAUGUCACAAAUUAUCUAAUGAAGAUAUUACCAGAGGUUUUAAAAGGAAUCAGUCCUGUAUUUGAAGAAAAAGCGGUAAAAGACUUCAGAUGUCCUCACAAGCUGUUCAUAGUCAUUCCUAAAAGUUGUAGUGCUGGGGAUGUUUUGAAUGAUAAACAGAAUGACCCUGGAAGGAUUGAAAACUUUUCAAAAACUGCAGCUGUGUAUCCAUUUGGACCAGAUCGAGCAUUCCACUGUAAUAUUUAUAAAGUGUCACCAAGCAGUUUUAAUAUGAAUGAGGGAUUAUACUUUGUUGGGCAGUAUGCUGCACCUGUGACUUGCUUACGAGAAAUGAAAACAUGGAAUAUUGCUGGAGUUAACUUGGAAACAAUGGCAUCAGAAGCUAAAAGGUUUUAUGAAAUUGUUAGUCAAUUGAUGAGAAAUGCAGUACCAGAGAAGGCUCAGUUUUGUGAAUUUAUUUACUAUGAUGAUAUGACACAUUCCUUAGCAGAUAUAAUGGAGCAGAAAAUCCAGAGUAUGAAGGAUUGACCAUGAAAGGUUUAUUGGACCUGUUAGCUUUGACUUUUUUAUUGAAAUAUUAAAAAGCUUUACUGGUGAUAUGGAUAUCUCAUUUCUGGUACUUGGGACACAAUCCACUUAAAUGCUGAUCUCAGCUAAAUUUACAUAUAAUGUGAUAAAUACUCAUCUGAUUUAUAUCAUUUGUGGUUCUUGGUUGUCUCAUGAUUUUUAUGUUGUACAAUAAUCCAAGUUUGCUUUUGUUAAUUUUCAUACAUGGAAGUGUAGAAAGAAAUAGUCCUUUACAAAGUCAUAUCAGUAAUUCUAAAGUUAUGGAACAUUGUUCUCCAAACAAAUUCAGAACAUCUUAAUUUCUAUGUUGAACAAUAACUAAUCAACUUUUUAUUGGUAGUCCUGUUUUUAUAGCACCUAGAAUCUCCAAGCUUUAAGAGGUAAAAAGGACAGGAAAAGUGCACUUUUACAUAUACAUAUAUUUUGUUUCCAUCACAUUUCGAUUGAAUUUUUUGUUUUGUUACUUUUGAAACGAGCUUCUGGUAAUACAGUUGUAUUUCAACAGAUUUUACAAAACCCAUAUAUUUUAGAGCCAUAUGAGGCCAAGAGGCCAACUUGAUUUGAUCUGUUUCAAUUUAUAAAGUCCAUAGGGAUGCAUUUUAAAUUUUAAUUCCAUCCAAACAUUCCUGCUUGAUUUUUUUUUUAUCUUUUUAAUUGCAACUUUCUUUUUUUUUUUAGUAAUAAGCCAUCUAAAAAUUGAAAAUGUCAGUUUUACAUUGUACAUAGAUUAGUAAUUGGAAUUUUUACACACAUUUUAUUUGAUUUUUCCUUAGUUUUCUGUCAUAACUUGUUUUCAAACAAAACAAAUAUUCUUUUAUUUGAUGUUAAUAAUGUAAAAAAUUACUUUGCAAUGUCUUAAUUUCUGAAUUCUAUAUGAUACACAAAAAAACUCUUAAUUUUGCAUUGUAUCAGUCAAUGAAAGAUUUAGUCAGUUAUAUGUGCAUUUCAACUUUCAAACAGUCUGGUACCUUUUCACUAGUCCACGUUUGUAUUGUCAGCUGCCAAAGGAGUUUGUAAAAAAAUCUUUUGAAAUUAGUUUCAUCUUUUACAUAUUUUUUUUACAGUUUUUUGUACAUAUACACAUCAAUUACAUGUUACUUAUUACUUGCUGGAUAGGGAUAUUUUAAAAUUUGUCUUUUUAUACUUUCAUACUUCAGUAAGAUUUGAAUUGUAUAUUUUAUGCAAUAAAGUCAUAUCAAAUUUCAUAUAUGUUAGAGAUAAUUGAUGUAUAGAAGUUACUAUGAAUUUGAUAUAUGAUAUUUACAGCCAUUGAACUUAUAUAUUUUUUUGUUUUAAAUGAUGUUAUAUUUCUAUUAAAAAAAAUAUUUGUUGU